CCCCCCCCUUAAGCACAUCCUGUUUGCAGGGCCUUAGCUUUCUAUUGCCAGAUUGGCAAAGCUUCCCAAGCUCUAUUCCCCCAUAAUUUCCAAAAGUCUCAAACAGUGGCUAGGAUGGUAGUUUUGGUAGUUUUCUAGCCCUUUCCUCCUCCUUUACUUUAGUCCCGUUUUAAAUUUUGGUUCAGGGAAAGACUUGUGAGAAUCGCUUGAAAUUUGCAUUUAGAAGUCACAUCCAGCAAGGACUUUGCAAACUUGUUUGGUGUUUUUUUAACACUAGUCAAGGAACUGCUGUAAUACAUGAGCAAAAUGACAUUUUUAGUGGCUGCUGAAUCUUAGAGUGAAAGGUAGGCAUCCCUGUUUUAGCUUUUACCAUAACCAUUGUGACAUAUGUUUACGCAUGGCUUAUACCUCUCGUGAAGUUGUCUGGCUGCGGGCAAUGCAUUACUCCAGAGGUGCUGCUGCACUGAUGCUCUGUAUGUUCACAGUCAUGGGCAAAGCUGAAGGCUCUGUGGCUAGGGAAGAAUGGCACGGACACGUUACUGCUCUCUCUGUUGCACCAGAAUUUCGACGGCUGGGUUUGGCUGCUAAAUUGAUGGAGCUCCUGGAAGAAAUUUCAGAAAAAAAGGGUGGAUUUUUUGUCGAUCUCUUUGUGAGAGUAUCAAAUCAGGUUGCUGUAAAUAUGUAUAAGCAACUAGGCUACAGUGUGUACCGGACAGUCUUAGAGUACUACUCAGCUAGCAGUGGGGAGCCAGAUGAAGAUGCUUACGGUAAGUUCUCGUUCGGUCUCAAAUUGAAUGGAGCGAUUCUCAUGUUGAGGGUUCCUGAGCUUGUUUGUAAGACAAUUAUUCUUUUUUUUGGUAUGUGAAAUAAUUUCAGAUAGUUGCUGAUUAAUGGGAUUUUUGUAUCCUCUUUUAGAUAACUUUUCCCACUUAAGAUUAUAUCAGUUACGAAACUUAAUCUUGCCAUUUACACAUUUUGUAGCAUCUCCAGCAAAAUAAACUGCAAAACAAGAAUAAACAAGAAAGAAUCUCAAUGCUUUCUUCCUUUCAUCCCAUAACAGGGACUUGAAACUUUGUUUUUCUCAGAUGUCUACCUAUAAAUUAACAUUAAAUUGACUGUUAUAAAUUAACAGUCACAACGCCAAGCCCAUCAUAGCUCAAGGAAUAGCUGCACAGUGUUCUAAUCAUACAGUAUAAUUUUAGGUAGUACUAUGUGGAGCAGGGAGUUGCAUCCUUAUGGGUCCCUUCCUACUUGAGGUAGUCUUAUGAUUCUAGGAAAUUUCCUUGAUUAAAAGUUAUCUUAUUUUAAUGGAGUAUUCACUUAAUAUGGCUUUGUAUAAUGACUGUUACUAUUAUAACAUUUUUUCCUUUUGCUAUAGAUAUGAGAAAAGCUCUUUCCAGAGAUACAGAGAAGAAAUCGGUUAUACCUCUGCCUCAUCCUGUGAGGCCAGAAGACAUUGAGUAACAUAAGCUGUGGUUCUCAUGCAAUUUACUGAGUGUCAGGUUCCAUCUCCCGUAACCCCCAGCAACUUAUGGAUAAGUUUUAGGCCAAAUGUUUUUCCCUAAACUCCCUUUUCCUAAUACUAAAAAGCAACAUUGAGAAGCUGACUAACACUGCUUCUCUUGGUAAUGGCUAUAUACUGCCACACUCUAUUAUUUUUUCUUUGACAUAUUGGAGAUUGGGAGACUAUUAAAAUGGUAUUACCUCCUGUA